AUGAAACUCGUUCCUAUCGUUUUACUUAUUCUCGCCGGUGCAAUUGCGAAUACUGUAACCGCGGAGAAAUCAUCAGAGUCGGCAAUAGGAGAAACAUCUCAUCAAUUCGAUCUCCAUAAGAAAAUCAUAUCGAUAUCAAAUGUUCCUAUUGCAUCCACUUCUCCAUACAAUCUGGCUAUUCAGUUUGGUCAGAUUCUUUAUCUGAGUGGACAACUUGGAAGAAACCUUACAACAGGUCAAUUGAUAUCGGAUGAUACUCAAAAUCAAACUUAUCAGGCGCUGCAUAAUAUACAAGACCUAUUACAUGCUGCAGGAUCUGAUAUCACUAAAUUGUUACAAUGUCGUGUGUAUCUAACCGAUAUAAACGACUAUCAAGUGAUGAAUCAAGUUUAUGCAGCGUUUUUUUCAUCAACUGAACUCUAUCCAGCACGUGCAACUGUUGCAGUCACCGCUUUAGCAUCCAACGCGAAAGUAGAAAUUGAAUGUACUGCCUUCACGACACGAUCUACAAGCAGUUGUUGUCUCAAUAUCAUACUACUUAGUCGACGGCACUUUCGAACAAUAUCUUGCUGCAUCUAUUUCAUCGUGUCAUCGAUAGCAAUGUUAGUUGUUCUACCCAUGGGUGUUGGAACGUAUGUCUACGCACUUUGGCAUGACAAUCCAUAUACAACAAAUCAAGCUUUCUGUAAGCUUCGCACCUAUGCACUUCAAUCCAUGACAAUGAUAUAUCGAUGGUGUAUCGUUGCUGCAUGUGUCGAUCGUUGCAUAUCGAUUUCAACCAAUGCUCGCCUAAGAAAUUUUGCUUCCGUUCGUAUUGCUCAGCGUGUCACUCUAUUGAUUGUUGUCGUUUGGUUGACGUUACCAAUACAAGUUCUCGCACUAAUCGAUUUGAGGAAUGAUCGAUGUGGUGUUUUAUAUAACGUGGGUUUAUCCCUGUAUUUCAGUUUUUAUACAAUAACAACAGGAAGUAUUCUUCCCGUUUCAAUUAUGAUCAUUUGUGCUGUGCUCAUCUCUCGAAGUCUUGAGAUGAGACGACAACACCGCCGUCAACUUGCUGUUAAUCAAUAUGACCGGUUAGAUCGAAAACGUGAUCGACAGGCUUUUGUCAUGCUUUUAUUUCAAGCAAUUGUAUUUCUCAUAACUCAGACACCACUCAUGCUCCUAUUCUUUUGCAAUGCUGCAACGAUUCAUAUCACGAAUAAGUCAGCCAACCAAGUAGCAAUUGAACGGUUUACGGUUUUUAUGGUCGAUAUGAUCUUAUAUCUUUUCCCUACUAUAUCAUUCUAUUUAUAUACAAUGGCGUCACGUCAGUUCCGUCGCGAAUUUAUCGAACUAUUCCGUUCUGCGAUAAAACCUCGACGUCAAAACAAUACCAAUCAAGUAAAUCCAGUACUAAAUGAAAUACUAUAG